UGAAAAUAGGUCCAGAAUCAGUGGAAAUUAAUUUUGUAAUAUGGGAAAAUAUUUAAACUGAUAACUAAAACUUGAUAUGUGCCAGAUAUUUAAAUAAAUUCUAAUUUAAUAAGUAUAUAGUUUAGAAAUGUUACGUGUACAUAUACUCAGAGAGUAUUUAAGACAAGAAACAAGAAAUUUUUUAUGGUGUUUAUUGUGUCUCGGAAAUUGGUCUUGCUGUCUGGUGACCCAAAAGCUGGCACUUAUUCGGCCCAAAGGCUAAGUGUAGCAAAUAGUUAUUUGUAUACAAAACACACAUUUUUAAAUUAUUAUAAAUAAAACAAGGAGCAUGACAGAGCCAGACCUAAAGUUUGAUGAACCAAAAGUUUCCACAGAAAAUGCUCAAAUAUACCUGAGCAAAAAAGGAAAAUUUUCUGCAAUCGCAGAAACGGGUAUACUUUGUGAAAAUAACACUGAAAACGAAUUUGACUACGACCAAUUUAAUAACGUAAUUUAUUAUACUACACAAUCUUAUUACUCUACGAUGGUAUCUGAAAAUGGAUCCAAUAAUCUAAGUCAUGUACACGAGGAAGAUACUCUAAAAAAAUUCUUGGCUCUAGCAGAAGAGAUUGAGGGCAAAACACAACUGUUUUGUGAGCUCGAGUAUUUGAACAGGAAAAUUCCAGUGGACAAUACGAAAAAUGUUGAUUUGAAACUGAUUAACCAAAGUCUUAUUCUUAAAAGUUCAUAUGUUGACAGUGGAAUUUUCACACCCCACAAUAAGAUAUUCGUCCUCAGCAACACUCCACUUUUUCACUUGGGCCUCUUCGCAUACGUCCCGCCAUCUAGCCGCUGUACCAUCGUGUGUACGAAGACGACGGUGGCGGUGUGCACUCUGUUUGUCGAACUCUGCAAUGCCGCUGACCUGCGGAGAAAAGUGCAACUGGCGGUCUUAGAAGAAGAAGUUGCAGAAGAGAUGUCGCGUGAUUUCGCUUUGCAACUGGUUGGCGGCUGUGUGGGCGUGGUGACCGCCCGCUGCGACGUCUACUCCGCAGUGGACGCAUUCCUCGCUGCGUCCGAGUGGUAUCCGUGGAGACUGCGGCGCAUUCUGGUGCAGGAGCCCGUGAUGCAGCGCUUUGCGAGCGCGCUGGGUUCACGCACGCGUGCCGCCACCGAACACUCGCACCUCGCCGUAGACGCACGAAAGACAGAGAACAAGACCUUCCUGCUAGAGUUCUUUGGCGACGAAAAGCUGGUUGAACCAGGAUUUGUGGUGGUGGAAGCGUACCGAACGACCAAGGAGGUUCUCGGACUGUUGGCUGAGCAACCCACGUUGGCUGUGAGCGUGUGGGCCAGCGUUGGCGCGGAAGCGAACGAAAUCGCGUUCGGCGUCAACACACGCAUCGUCUGGAUAAACAACUACGGGUUGUUCCAAGGACCACCGCUGUCCGCAGCGGCGCUGUACACCGUAGAGAACCAUUUCCGUGCUUCCAAACUGGCUACUGAAUUACUCAGUGCUAAAACAAAAUGGCUAGCACUACCACUGACCACGCGUCUCCGCAAAGUCCGCGAAGCCGUUAAAAAGUAUCGGCUGGGGUCCCAAGACCGAAUCGGAGAGGUGGGCCCCAACUCCAACUCUGUUGUCACAGCCGAAAACAACCUUUGCAUUGCGAUAAGAAAGCCCGUGGAGAUAUUUAGACUGGAAAUGGACGCUGAUCAUUUCGGGAUACCAACAACUCAGCUGCUAAAUUACAUCGUAGAGGGUGGUAGCAUGCAAGCGUUGAGCAAGGAUAAGUCUGAGAAAAGCAUAUACAAGUUGAUGGCAUUGUUAACAGAGGCCGGUGCGCCGGUGGUCACGAUACCGGCUUGUGAUAUAAUUUAUGACAGAGACACACUGUACACGGUUAAAGCUAUCUGGAUGAGUAUUGGCACUACAUUUGCGAAUUAGCUUCAAAUUGCCAUUAUAAUCUACACGACCUAUGACCUUAAUAGCGCUGUGCAUUUAACUAUAAGGUACCAGGUUUCGACCCCCGGCAAGAGAAAUUUGGGAAUUUAUAAUUUCUGAAUUUUCUCUGGUCUGGUCUGGUGGGAGGCUUCGACAAAGACGCGCCGCGAAGCGAUUUAGCGUUACGGAACGACAAAGACGUGCUGCUAAGCGACUUAACGUUCCGCUACGACAAAGGCAUGCCGCUAAGCGAUUCAGCAUUCCGGUACGAAAAAGGCAUGCCGCUAAGCGAUUCAGCAUUCCAAAAUUCAAAAAAUUCAAAAUUCAUUUAUUUCAAGUAGGCCUAAUAUAAGCACUUUUGAAACGUCAAGUGUUGUAGUGAUUCUACCACCGGUUUGGAAGGCAGAUUCUACCGAGAAGAAGCCGGCAAGAAACUCAGCAGUAGUUCCGGUAUGAUAACGGCGUUCCACUAAGCGAUUUAACGUUUCGGUACGACAAAGACGUGACGCUAAGCGACGUAACGUUACGGUAGGACAAAG